UCAGCUCUGUAACCUGGACGUGCCCAAAUACCUGGGAUUUAAACCUUUAAAAGGGGAAUAGGAGGGAAAAAAAGUACUUUUUAAGGGUGAAUGCAAGCAGGAGGCUUGCUUUGUAGUUAUUUUCUGUGGCACUGGCGACGUGUUUGGGUUGCCAUUACUUAUUGUUGAAUGUUUUUAAUACCCAAAUGUGGUUCUGAAUGCAUUUGCUGGCUCCGGGAUGCUGGUGACAUAGGCACAAAAAAUGAUUUGUGGUUAGUGUGUGGUUGUCACGACAGCCUGUGCUGGAGCUGUAGAUGCUGCCUGUAGCUCUCGUGUGGGACCAGCAUUGCCCUGAUGGGGUGGGCGAAGUGGUUCUGCCCCCAUGGGCCUGUGUGAGAUGUGUUUGGCAGCGUAUGAAAGCAGCUCACAGCAGAGAUCUUGUAGAUGUGAGCAGUUCUUGGCCUGGAGUUUGUCGUGUCCCUGAAAUGGAGAAGGGCAAUUGUGAUUUUCUGUUAGGCAGAAGUGAGGUUCGAGAUCCCGGGGCAGGCAGGCGCCCUGCUUGCUUUGUGCUGUGCUGAUUUUGAGGUGGAAUUUUAAUGUUGAUGCUUUGGUAGUAGCAAUAUUUUCACUGCUUGUGGCAGAUUUGUAAGGUUUGUGGCUUUGGGGGCAGAGAGAAUGAUUUAUUUUCUGUUUUUCUAAUGCUCUUUGGCUGAUUUAUCCACUUAGGGUAAGGAGGAGACACAGAUGGGAGAAUACUUCUGAAAGGGACUCAGAAUAGAGUCCCUAAACGUGAACUCCAUGGUACAUGUAUCCAGUAUAUUAUAUUAUUACCUGUACAUCAGUAUAAUUUGUGAUUAUUUUGAUCCCUUUUGCUAUGUUAUCAUAACUGCUUCUGUUGAAAAUAAUUUUAUUCCAUUCAGAUGACAUGUGACUGAGAGGAUUGCUCCAGUGAUGGGACUGGAUUGCCCUUUCCCAGCAUAAGUUAUUUUUUUGCCUGUGACCCUUCCAGUUUUUGGGGGAGGUGGGGUAUAACUUGGUGUCACCACCAAAUAUGUGCACUAGUGUGGAAUAUUAUUCUUACAACCGGGCACAGAAGGAGGGUGGAAUUUCUAUUGGCGGUUUGGCAGCGUCUGCCCAAACUGAGAGGAGCUUGAGCUGUACCCAGCCCAAGAUGUGGCAGCCUCCAAGCAGUUUUAAAAGCGUUUUUAAUGGGCUUCUUUUAAGUUUGUUAUUUGAAGAAUUACUGCAAACAGCAGCAAGUCUCCCAGAAGCCACCUGAUGUGCAGAUGUUUCUCAGCUGUGGUUGUCUUGACAGGGCUCUUACCACCAGGGUAGUUGGGGAAUCUUUGCCAUGUGCAAAACCUGCAAAACAAAACACUUCCCAUGCCAAAAUAGCAGGGGGAAUGGAAUUGCUUUGCUCCAGUUAUUGAUUAACCAGAGCUGUUACAUCUGUCGAGCAUAGCUUGCUCUUUUUAUUUUAAAUACGGUGUCUUAGUGAAAUAUUUUAAGUGGUUACUAAACUAAUCAUAGGUUGUUACUGAAUUAACCAUUAUCCAAAUAUUAGUAUCUUCAAACGCUCACCAUGUUUAUGUAGCUGACCCCUUAAAAUUCUGAAAUGCAGCAUAAUAAUGUCACUCUGUUUUUUCCGUAGUAUUUUAGGUUGAUUGCUGCACCAAACACAGUGUCUGUAAGUGCUUGCUGACAACACAGAGCAGUGUUUUGGGGGCACUGUGUUGCAGCUAAUACUGAAUACUGCUGGUUAGUAGUAGAGGGUCUCUGCAUAUGGCUCUGCUUUGAACUGUGUUUUUUUCAGUGUGCAGCCUAAUCUUAUAAAUUAUUUUGACUUGGUUCCCAUCUGCUUUGUCUGUGCAGGUUCAAGGGUAUCUCCUGCCUGUGUGUAUUUUACUGUGUAAAUCAAAAAACCCUAGCUUAUUGACCGAGCCAGGGUUUAUGAUCAGAGGGUUCUUAGUUCGUGUUUGUCAUGUGUGCAGCUUGGCAGCCCUUCUACAAUUAAGUGCUUUAACUUCACUGUAGAAAAUGAAUGAAAGAGCAGGGCAGUGAAAUCCAGGACUGUGCCUACUUGGACAGCGAGAGCGCCUACAGCGAGUCGGAGCUGUUUCCCGAUGAGGACGCGAUGACUCUGGCACAGCAGGAGGUUCACCAUGAGUGUGACAUGGACAGUGCCAUCGAGAGUGCCCAGAGCUCCGAGGCCUCGGACGUCUGUCGGAGCGAGGACAAGGACGGGGUGCUCGGUGGCCUCUUCCUGCCCGGUGACAAGUCAAGUCCUCACAACCCUUCUGCAGCAUCUGACCUCUCCACUUAUUCCACCGCCUCCCUGAUCAGUAAUGAAGAACAGUUUGAAGACUAUGGGGAAGGAGAUGAUGUGGAUUUUACUCCCAGUAGCCCAUGCCCUGAUGAUGAGACCAGAACCAACGCCUACUCUGACCUUGGCUCAUCUGUAUCUUCCAGUGCUGGCCAAACCCCCCGAAAAAUGAGACACGUUUAUAACAGCGAGUUACUGGAUGUUUACUGCUCACAGUGCUGCAAAAAGAUAAAUCUCCUCAACGAUUUGGAAGCCAGGCUGAAAAACUUGAAAGCAAACAGCCCUAACAGGAAAAUAUCAAGCACAGCUUUUGGAAGACAACUCUUCCACAACAGUAACUUCAGCAGCAGUAAUGGCAGCACAGAAGACUUGUUCAGAGACAGUAUAGACUCCUGUGAUAAUGAUAUCACUGAAAAGGUAACAUACCUAGAGAAGAAGGUGACAGAACUGGAGAACGAUAGCCUGACAAAUGGUGACGUGAAGAGCAAACUGAAACAAGAGAACACACAGCUGGUUCACAGAGUUCAUGAGCUAGAGGAACUGUUGAAAGACCAAGAAACAUCAGCAGAACAGACUCUGGAAGAAGAGAUAAAGAGACAUAGAGAAGCUUACAGCAAGUAUGAAAAAGAGAAAGGCACUGAAAUUGAACUGCUCAAUACAAGGGUUCAGCAACUGGAAGAAGAAAAUGGUGAUCUGAAAAGCACGGUCACACGGCUGAAAUCCCAAACAGAGAGAUUGGAUGAGGAGAGGCAGCGCAUGUCAGACAGGCUGGAAGACACGAGUCUGAGACUGAAGGAUGAGAUGGAUUUGUACAAGAGGAUGAUGGACAAGCUGCGGCAGAACAGGCUGGAAUUCAACAAGGAGAGGGAAGCCACACAAGAGCUCAUCGAAGACCUGCGGAAGGAGCUGGAGCACCUGCAGCUGUACAAGCUGGAAUGUGAACGUCCUGGACGUGGGAGAAGCUCUUCCUCCAGCCUGAGUGAAUUCAAUGCCAAAACCAGAGAGGUGGAAAUGGAGCAUGAAAUAAAACGGCUGAAGCAGGAGAAUCAGAAACUUCGUGACCAAAAUGAUGAUCUUAAUGGACAGAUUCUAAGCCUCAGUCUUUAUGAAGCUAAAAACCUCUUUGCAACGCAAACAAAAGCCCAGUCACUGGCUGCUGAAAUCGAUUCUGCAUCGAGAGAUGAGCUCAUGGAAGCCCUCAAAGAACAGGAAGAGAUAAAUUACAGAUUGCGACAGUAUAUGGACAAGAUCAUUUUGGCAAUCCUGGACCACAAUCCAUCUAUCUUGGAAAUAAAGAAUUGAAGAGAAUAUGAGAAGGAAAAGCAGCAACUGCCUGAUAUUUCUGCACAUGCCACUGGAUCUAAGCAGCACUCUGAUACUGUAAAUGAAUCUAUAAAUACAUAUACACACUAGGUGUGAGUGUGGGUGCGCGGGUGUUUCUAUGAUGUUUGGUACACUGUUAUUUGUCAUUGAAUUGGCUUGGUUAGACUUUUUCCAUGCACUUUCAAUACCUGUGAUGAGAUGGAUACUGUAUAUUAAUGUAAUAACAAUAUAACUGGAUCAUGUUGUUUUAGAUACUGGACAAAAUGACUCUACCUCUAGUUGUAAAGGUAAAAAAAAGACAGUGGAAACAUAUGGAUGUGGCCCUGUCUUACGGAGCAAGAAUUUUUUUCUUCGUUCUUCCAGGAAUUUGGGUACCACAAACAAAUUGACAUACCCAGGUUCAGUUCCUGACUGGUGCUGACUGUGUAAUUUCCUAUUUGAUUUAAAAAAAACAAACCACAACAAAAAACAAACUUUGGGAAAAGACACAAAGUAAAUGGGAAGAAAAGGAAGAUACUGCAAAACUUUUGCUAUUUAUGAAAAGUCACCAUCCACUUGUUUGCCACUGUCAGCACAAAGUGUUUUUGAUGUAAGAUCACUUUGGGGCCUGCUUUGGGAUGCUCUGAGCCUGCUCUCUAGUAUGUGUGCAUGUGUGUUUUUAUGCCAGAUCCCUGUAGCAUUGAGGCAAAGAGCUUUUCAAAUCUGUUCCCCUAUUUUCAGGGGUAUAUCUUGGGCCAUUAAGAUAAAUUUUGGGAUUCUGCCCCUUCCCCUCACCCUGAUUUUAAAGAGUUAACUGAAGGAACACAUUCCAGUUCUUACAAGAAAUUUGCAUGAAAUAUCUCACUUCAGGGGGAGGAGGAGGAUCAGCCCUCAGCAUGAUGUGCUGAGUUGCUUUCCCACCCCAGACAGCUGCACUCCUUUGAGAAUGGCAUUUUUUGGGCAGGCUGUGCAGAGGAACAGCUGGUUCCUGGCACAGCAGUGGAGGACAGUCUGAUACAGAGUGGCUUUUACCUAUAGGGCAGGAAAAAGAAAAAGAGCUUCAUCUUGCAGGAGUUGCCAGUCCAGACUGAGCACACACAUGCAUAUCUAAAGCUCUGAGUAGGGAACACAUCCCAAUUCGGAUGAGCAGUUGUGCAGGUGCUGCAUCUGCUCGUGGGCAUCAGUGGGAUGGAACAUUAAGCUUUAAAGUUGAGCGUAUGCUUAAAUGCUGCCUUAAAUAGGGAUGACUUCAACAUGUGCCUGUGUUCUCCAGAGCUGGAUCUAUACUGUAGGGCUAGGAUGUUUUUAAUUCAUAAUGUAGCUUAUAUAAAGAGCUUACGGAAUUGUUUGGGUAGUUGAAUGCUAAAAACAAAUUUUAUUCCAUGCACUUUUUUAAAAGUAAAAGUUUCACACUUUUGAUUCACACCAACUGGCACGGAAAAAUCAGCUGGAGUAUCUGGCUUUCCCCAGUGCAUAGAGAUGUUUCCUCUAUUGAGUACACUCCCCAGAAGAAUGUUACAGUAGCAAUGACUGUGCUUUUCUGUGUAUUUCUUGCUGUUGGCAGUGUCUUGCCCCUAGUAUUCUCUUGAUGUAUCUUGGUGUGUAUAUGUGGUGCAUUUUUUCUGAAUUUGAAUACAUAAAACUGUAUUCAGUUAUGGAUGUAAAUAUAUAUAUAUAUUUUUCUGCAA